GAGUAAAAUCCCGCUCGCGUGAAUCAAACAUAACUCGGCCGCGUCCACCUUGUCCCAAACCUUCCCAUUGAAUCUUCUUCCUCUCUCCUCUCUCGUCAAUACCUCAACCUUGCAACCUCUCCCAGCCGCUUUGCCUCUGAGCAUCAAUUACCAAAGGUCGCAGCAGACAUAACUCCUCCUAAAUACACCUCAACACACCCACGUCAGAUACCCCGCCAUCCACCAUGGGUCUCCUCCAGGAUCUCAACCUCAAGCCCGGUGUCGUCUACGGCGAUGACCUCCUGAAGCUCUUCACCUACGCCAAGGAGAAGGAGUUUGCCAUCCCCGCUGCCAACGUCACCUCCUCGUCCACUGCCGUUGCUGCCCUCGAGGCUGCCCGCGAGGCCAAGUCCCCCAUCAUCCUCCAGACUUCCCAGGGUGGUGCCGCCUACUUCGCCGGCAAGGGCAUUCCCAACAGCGCUGAGAAGCAGGAGGCUUCCGUCGCCGGUGCCAUCGCCGCCGCCCACUACAUCCGCUCUAUUGCCCCCAUCUACGGCGUCCCCGUCGUCCUCCACUCCGACCACUGCGCCAAGAAGCUUCUGCCAUGGCUCGACGGCAUGAUCGCCGCCGACGAGGAGGAGUUCAAGCGCUCCGGCACUCCCCUUUUCUCCUCGCACAUGAUCGACCUUUCCGAGGAGGAUGUCGCCUACAACAUCGAGACUACUGCCAAGUACCUCAAGCGCUCUGCUCCCAUGAAGCUUUGGCUUGAGAUGGAGAUCGGAAUCACCGGUGGUGAGGAGGACGGCGUCAACAACGAGGAUGUCGACAACAACUCCCUCUACACCCAGCCCGAGGACAUUUACGCCAUUUACCAGGCUCUGAACCCCAUCAGCCCCUACUUCAGCAUCGCUGCUGGUUUCGGCAACGUCCACGGUGUCUACAAGCCUGGCAAUGUUAAGCUCCACCCCGAGCUCCUCGGCAAGCACCAGGAGUUUGUCGCCCAGAAGCUGGGCACCAACGACAAGAAGCCCGUUUUCUUCGUCUUCCACGGUGGCUCCGGUUCCGCCGUCGAGGAGUUCAAGAAGGCCAUCUCCUUCGGUGUCGUCAAGGUCAACGUCGACACUGACCUCCAGUUCGCUUACCUGGCCGGUGUCCGUGACUACGUCGUCAAGAACAUCGACUACCUGAAGACCCAGGUCGGCAACCCCGAGGGUGACGACAAGCCCAACAAGAAGAAGUACGACCCCAGAGUCUGGGUUCGUGAGGGUGAGAAGACCAUGAAGGAGCGUGUUAAGCAGGCCCUGUACGACUUCAACGCCAACGAUGUUUUGUAAAGGAUGAAUAAUGGGUGAUACCUCUGCAGCGGCAGGACCAAACC